AUGUAUAAUGGUAUUGGAUUGCAAACUGCUCGUGGGUCGGGGACAAAUGGAUACGUGCAAGCUAAUUUGGCUAACCUGUUGCUCUCGAAGAAACGAGUGGCAUAUAAUUCGGAAGCUGAUAUUAAGCGAGCCGAGGCUGAAAUCAACAAACAGCCGAACAAAGAACUGUUGGAACAUAAUCGCAAACGCCAUAUCGAAUUGAAAUGCGCCGAUUUCGAAAUGCUCAUGGAAAAUAAAGGAUUUGAUGAAGCUGAAAUCCAGAAAAAAGUGAAUGAGUAUCGGAAGCUUCUUCAAAGUCAAGUGGCAUCAGGAGAACUGGACAUAGAUGCAGAAAUGGACAGUCGAGAUACGCAUGUUCGUGCAAAGGCUGCUAUUGAGAAUCGUGUUCGUAUGCGCUCUGCUCUUGGGAUUAAAGAUGAUUUUAUCGAUGGAACAUCUUUUGAAAACUUAAACAAAAAUGUAGACUUGAAAGUAGACGAAACUGAAGAAGACGAUGGUAAGAAAAAGAAAAAAAAGGGUGACGAAAUGAAAAAAAGUGGGAAAGUGCGAAAAGCAGCAUCAUCGUCGUCAUCCUCUUCGUCGUCAUCAUCUGAGGAAUCAUCAUCCGAUGACUCCUCGGAAUCAAGUUCAGACAGUGACGAUAGUUCAACGAAUUCAGUUGAGGAAUCUAGCGAGAGUGAUUCAAGUGAAGUAUCAGAAGCUGAAAUACAAAAAAAGUUAAAAACAUAUCUCGUGAUGAAAGAAGUUUAUCGGGAAAGACCCGCGAAUCAUGAAUAUGUUGUCAGCAUUGUGAUACUUGCAUAA